AUGGACAAGAUGCAGGGUGAGAUCACGGCACACAAGUACAAUGCCCUUGAGGCGAAGGCUCAGAUCCGCCGGGCCACCGAGAUGGAGAUGGGGUUGCGGGCUAAGAUCCACGCGCUGCAGCUCAGGACCACCGACGCCGAGGCACGUGCGCGACACAGCUCUGGCAUCAGUGGGUGCGGGCUCACGCAGCAGGCUGGUGAUGGUCUUAGCAACAUCAAGGAGGAAUAUGGAGAAGAAGUGGACCGCGAGGUUUUAGAAGAUGUCCUCGGAGCAAGGGUCAUAGCAGGCUGCAAGGUUCCAAAAGAGGAGGCAAAGGGAGAAGACGUGGCCGCGAGUCAUCAUAGAUGUUCGCAAGGGGAACAGCAUGCAAGAGCCACCAAGAAGGCUCGCAGGCAGAAGGGGACGUCCUACUACAAAAUGGUUUUGAACACCCUCAUGGAGAAACAGGAGCUUCUCCCAGAAAAGGAGGAGGCCUUUGCCAAGGAAGCUGCUGCCACUGCAUCCAAGCUUCUGUACCGCAGGUGCUAG